GCCGGAACGGGGUCGGCGCCAGCGCCACCGUUCGGUCCGCCGCCAGCCCGCACCUCCGCGCCGCCGCCGAGCGUUCUGUGCGCAGCGCUUCCAGGAUCCAGAAUGGGGCUUCGGGCGCUGGGCGCGCUCUGAAGCCAGUUCCUGUAAGAGCAGAGGAGCGCCUGGAGCCGCCCCGCUGCCCGGAGCCCCUGCGCCUCGGACCAGGAGAUGUUGGAAGUGCCGCCGCCUGUUCGCGGAGGAGCCGCCGCCCCCGGAAUCUCCGGGCAUGGUGCGCACUCGGGCCACCGACGCCUGGAGAAAACGACGCCCCCUCCGCCCGACCCGCGGGUCCUGGGCCGCGUCGCCUGAGCCUCUGUGCGGCCACAGGGCCAAAGCCGCUUGGCCGCUGGUAGCCCCUCGGAAACCAUGACCCCCGGCCCGCGCCCAUGGAGCCAUGGCCUAUAGGGUCCUGGGCCGCGCGGGGCCACCUCAGCCGCGGAGGGCGCGCAGGCUGCUCUUCGCCUUCACGCUCUCCCUCUCCUGCACUUACCUAUGUUACAGCCUCCUGUGCUGCUGUGACGGCCUGGGCCAGAGCCGCCUCGUCCGAGGGCCCCGCUGCCUCCGUGCUCCCAAAGCCGGCGGCCAGAAACUUCUCCCCAAGUCCCGCCCCUGUAAUCCGCCAGGGCCGACGCCCAGCGAGCCCAGCGCACCCAGCGCGCCCGCCGCAGCCGCGCCCGCCCCUCGCCUCCCGGGUUCCAACCACUCUGGCGCACCAAAGCUGGGCACGAAGCGGCUGCCCCAGGCGCUCAUUGUGGGCGUGAAGAAAGGCGGCACCCGGGCCGUGCUGGAGUUUAUCCGGGUGCACCCUGACGUGCGGGCAUUGGGCACAGAGCCCCACUUCUUCGACAGAAACUACGGCCGUGGGCUGGACUGGUACAGGAGCCUCAUGCCCAGGACUCUUGAGAGUCAGAUAACACUGGAGAAGACACCCAGCUAUUUUGUCACUCAAGAGGCCCCUCGGCGGAUCUUCAACAUGUCUCGAGACACCAAACUGAUUGUGGUGGUACGAAAUCCCGUGACCCGGGCCAUCUCCGACUAUACCCAGACACUUUCUAAAAAGCCAGACAUCCCUACCUUUGAGGGCCUUUCCUUCCGCAACCGCUCGCUGGGUGUGGUGGAUGUGUCUUGGAAUGCCAUCCGCAUCGGCAUGUACGUGUUGCAUCUGGAGAGCUGGUUACGGUAUUUCCCGCUGGCCCAGAUCCACUUCGUCAGUGGCGAGCGGCUCAUCACCGACCCAGCUGGUGAGAUGGGACGGGUGCAGGACUUCCUGGGCAUCAAGAGAUUCAUCACAGACAAGCACUUCUAUUUCAAUAAGACCAAAGGCUUCCCUUGCUUGAAGAAACCAGAAUCCAGCCUCCUGCCUCGAUGCCUGGGCAAAUCAAAGGGGAGAACUCAUGUACAGAUAGACCCUGAGGUGAUAGACCAGCUCCGGGAAUUUUAUAGACCUUAUAAUAUUAAAUUUUAUGAAACGGUUGGACAGGACUUCAGGUGGGAAUGA